AUGUUUUCAAUACCGCUUGCUGUCUGCAGUGGCGACAUCGGUCUCAUCGGCCUCGCUGUCAUGGGUCAAAACCUCAUUCUUAACAUGAAUGACAAGGGAUUCACCGUUGUUGCCUUCAACCGCACAACCAGCAAAGUCCAGCACUUCCUGGAUAACGAAGCAAAAGGAACAAAGGUUGUCGGCGCAUUCUCCAUCGAGGAGCUUGUUGCAAAGCUCAAGAAACCAAGGAAAAUCAUCUUGCUCGUCAAGGCUGGCAGCGCCGUUGACGACUUUAUUAAUGCGCUUGUCCCGCAUCUUGAACAAGGUGACAUCAUAAUUGACGGAGGUAACUCUCACUACCCUGACUCCGACCGACGCACAAAGUACCUCGCAUCGAAGGGUCUUCAGUUUAUCGGCUGUGGCGUUUCUGGCGGUGAGGAGGGAGCUCGUCAUGGACCUUCCCUCAUGCCCGGUGGUUCGCCUGAAGCAUGGCCAGCAAUCAAGCCCAUUUUCCAGGCCGCCGCCGCUCAAGUUGAAGGCGUGCCCUGUUGCGACUGGAUGGGGGAAAGCGGUUCCGGGCACUUUGUUAAGAUGGUCCACAACGGUAUCGAAUAUGGAGACAUGCAACUCAUUGCAGAGGCGUAUGAUAUACUGAAGCGUGGGCUAGGACUUCACGAAGACGAAAUUGCAUCAAUCUUUGAAAAUUGGAACAAGGGUGUUCUGGAUUCUUUCUUGAUUGAAAUCACCACAAAUAUUCUUCGCUUCAAGGAUGAUGAUGGCGAGCCCCUCGUAACCAAGAUUCUUGACAAGGCCGGGCAAAAGGGGACGGGAAAAUGGACUGCCAUAUCUGCCCUUGAUUAUGGUACUCCAGUAACUCUCAUUGGCGAGGCUGUCUUUGCCCGCUGUCUCUCCGCAAUUAAAGAUGAACGUGCUCGCGCAAGCAAGAUCAUUUCUGGUCCUCAGAAAGAAACAUUCCGUGGUGACAAACAGCAGUUCAUUGAUGACCUUGAGCAAGCACUAUACGCCUCUAAGAUCAUUUCAUAUGCUCAGGGCUUCAUGCUCAUGAGGGAAGCUGCGAAAGAGCUCAAAUGGAAUCUGAACUAUGCCGGUAUUGCUCGGAUUUGGCGAGGAGGGUGCAUUAUUAAAUCUGUGUUCCUAAACGAUAUCACUCGGGCAUAUGAGAAAACUCCUAAUCUGGAAUCUCUCUUGUUCGAUGAUUUCUUCAACAAAGCUGCUCACAAGGCUCAGCCUGGUUGGAGACGUGUGAUCGCACAGGCUGUCCUUUGGGGCGUACCGACCCCGGCCUUCAGCACUGCUCUUGCAUUCUUCGAUGGUUAUAGAAGUGACAUUGUACCUGCUAACAUUCUGCAGGCUCAGCGUGAUUACUUUGGUGCUCAUACUUUCAAGGUUCUUCCUGGCAAGGAGAACGCGAAGUUGAAGGCUGGAGAAGACAUCCACGUCAACUGGACGGGCCGUGGUGGCAAUGUUUCUUCAUCGAGUUACAAUGCUUAA